CUGAACCUGUCAGCAAUCUUCCCUCCUUUUUGUAUAUGUGGUAAACUUUUCAUUGCCUGCGCCACUUGGAUGCAGGAGUUUGCGGAUCAAUCAGAAGACACGAGCCAAGUGACGUCAUUAACAAGCCUUGGAGAAAGCGCACGGGGUAUCCUUCCCCAUUCAAUAGCAUCUAGCAGGCUAACAGUAGCUAGCGCAAGCUAUGAUACACCACUGUUUCAUUUCUACACUUAACAACUGCUUGGAAUGACUUACCUAUCUGAGAGCAGAUUGGGAGAAUGGAGAGUCUUUGGAUGUUACACACUAAACGGUGUCGCAAAGGCGCAACGAAGCGAGUGAAGUGCUUGCGAAACUGAUGCCAGCUGCAGGCUAUAGCUGAGAUCACUCAGGAUGAGUGGGGCCGGAGAGCACACAGACAUCCUGUCAGUGGCAGAUGUGGUCAGGGACAGGUGGAAAGUGGUAAGAAAGAUAGGUGGAGGCGGCUUUGGGGAGAUCUAUGAGGUUCUGGAUCAGUUGAGCCAGGCCACAGUUGCCUUGAAGGUCGAGUCGGCUCAACAACCCAAACAGGUGCUGAAGAUGGAGGUGGCUGUGUUGAAGAAGCUUCAGGGCAAAGACCAUGUCUGUCGCUUUGUGGGCUGUGGAAGGAAUGAUCGUUUUAACUAUGUGGUGAUGGAACUACAGGGGAGGAAUCUGGCAGAUUUGCGCAGAACAAUGACCCGCGGCACAUUUUCAAUCUCCACAACUUUAAGACUUGGCAAGCAGAUUUUGGAGGCCAUUGAAAGCAUCCAUUCUGUUGGCUUCCUGCACAGGGACAUUAAACCAUCGAACUUUGCGAUGGGAAGGCUUGCCAGUACCUGCAGAUGCUGCUAUAUGCUGGAUUUUGGUUUAGCCCGUCAAUUUACCAACUCAAACCAAGAAGUCCGUCCACCUCGUCCUGUGGCAGGUUUCAGAGGAACUGUGCGAUAUGCUUCAAUCAAUGCUCACAAGAACAAGGAGAUGGGUCGCCAUGACGACCUCUGGUCCCUCUUCUACAUGCUGGUUGAGUUCAUGGUUGGGCAGCUUCCUUGGAGGAAAAUUAAAGAUAAAGAACAAGUAGGAAAUCUAAAAGAGACGUAUGACCACCAACUAAUGCUAAAGCACCUUCCUUCAGAGUUUAGUACUUUCCUUGAUCAUAUCUUGACCCUGGACUACUUCACUAAGCCUGACUAUCAGCUCCUGAUGUCAGUGUUUGAGAAUGCCAUGAAAAGCCACAAUGUGCUGGAGAAUGACCCCUAUGACUGGGAGAAAUGCGAUUCAGAUGAUAUGCUGACCAUCACUGCCGCAGCAACCACUGCUCAGCAGCUCACUCGCCUCACACCAGCUUACCUCGGCAUGGCCAAUGCUUCAGUGCUGCCUGGCGAGCUGCAGAGGGAGAACACCGAGGAUGUCCUUCAAGGGGAACGCCUCAGUGAUGCUGACAACUGCCCCCCCAUCCCCACACCAACCACCCCUGGGGUAGACGUGUGGGAAGAAAUGGACCGCAACCGGAACCAUAAACAUACACAGCCAAUGAUCAGAAAGGUGGUGAGUGAGGAUGAACAUAGUCAGAACCAGGGGAACCAGAGUCCCAACACUGGGUCUGUGCAGAGUUCGCCUAGACGGGUACGAUCUGAGACCAUGUUCUUGGAUCGGGCUGCACCGCUGCUCCGGAGGAUGAGGCACAGCCAGAGCUUGGCAUUUGAAAAGAGGCUUGCACCAGAACCCAAGCCCACGAUCGAACGCUUCCUUGAGGCCUAUCUGGGCAAACAGCGUCCUGUACUUUCACAUGUUGGGGAGAAAUGCAUUCCUGAGCAAGGAUGUGGGCAGCAGACGCCUUCCUGCAACGAAGAGCACUCUGGCACAGAAACUCCUGACGUAGAAGAAGGUGCAGCAAGCAGCGGCUUUGUCGCUGUAAACUUCAGCCCUGUGCCUCAGGAGGGAGACUCUCAGGAGUGGGUGAUGCUGGAACUAGAGCAAGGCAGCGGAUCGGGGGGAAAAAAACCUCCAGCAGAAGCUCAGCAUGAGGACAAGCCUGGGACUCGCACUACUGUUGAAGCUGAGAAGCACUCAUCUGAGCUGCAGGAGAGCCAGACCAGUCCCACAGUGCCCAGCAGCCCUGUCCUGUCACAGAUGGCCAUGCCUGGGACGUGGCUACUAGGCCACCGGAGGUUGCCGGGAAUGCUGGGACAAAUGCCUUCAGUCAUCAUGGGAAGAUCCCAGAUGGAGCAGUCCUCCAGCUUUGCGCCGCAGUCACCUGUACAAAAGAGUGAUGGAGUACCAUUUGAAGAAUCAUGUAGUAAAUUGAAGGAACCUGCAGAGGAAGGGCUGAAGGAUGGAGGAAGGUUGGAGUUGUCCCCAGUAUUAAGCCCAGUUAAAGGCCCCACAACUCAUCUGACCAAUGACCGAGAUCCAGAAAGCGAUUCCGGCCUGCCCGAUCGCUCUUCAGAACCAAAUCAGCAGCCUCAAGCAGACAUGGCAGGAGGUGCUGUGGAGAGCACAGUCACCGUCUCCUCUUCUCCCCCUCCUGCUCUGCUCAGGCGAAGAGACUCUCCUUCAUCCCCAAGACAAAGUCGAAUCCCUGUACGAGAUCCCAGCAACCCUUUGGACUCUCCGAGCAGGGACCUGAAUAUGGAGCGGCGACACCGCUGGAGCAGUCCAGUUCCUGGCUCCCCAACACACUCCCCCUCUCCAUCCCUGUCCUGCGACAACCUUCCCUGCGCCCUGCCGAGAGACAGACUCUCCUCCGAGCGAGGUUCCAGGUCUGACUGCGUAGGAGAAGACCCUCUGUCCCUGUCCUCCUCAUCAGGAAGUAAAAGUAGGAUCCCACGUCCUGUGAGUGCAACGUUUCUACCAGAGCAGCUCUCUAGCAGGUUUCUGCCUCGACCACCUCCUGGGAAGCCACCUACCCGCCCAUGUGUGGACAACAGACGACGGCGUUUGAGGGUGCGUGCCAGCAGCACUAGUGAUGCAGACUUCCUGGCAAGUCUGACCCAACUGAUGCAGGACCGCAGUGGGAUGCUCUUCAGCCCUCCUCCUCGUCCUCGCAGCUCCUCUUCAUCCCUGCAGCGAUCGCUAAGCUCUUCUCCUUCCCGCCAGGAGCUCCGUGAAGGCGGGACACUGCAGGGACGCAGCCGCUCUCCGUCCAGCUUCUCCGGUUCCCCUCCUCCUCGGCACGCUCACCCGCAGGACAGGGCCACAGGGCUGGGUCAGUGGGGCCACAGUUCAAGAGGAAGAGGUCCGCUCUAUGAGGUUAAAGGCUCUGGAAAUGUGACUCGAUGACUGAACUUUCAUGCAAAUGACCAAUUUGGAUUGUGCACCUGUAGCGAGAGGCUGCCUUGCCUCGAGUCUCUGACAGCAUGUGUAAAUAUGGCAUUUACUCAAGGGGAAUGUACUGUAUGUAAUGUAAAAUGUAUGAUAAAUUGUAUUUAUUUAUUUAUUCAUUUGUUGGAUGUGAAAAAAAUGCAGAGAAAAUCUUGAUUGCCAACUCUUACCUCUCAUUUCACUCUAUUAAAACUCCAUAUAGGCCUAAUAUGAGACCAAAAAGAUGUUUAAUACUUGAGUGAUGUAAAAAAGAUGCUAACUGUACAUAUAUACCUAUAGGAAAAUGCUAAGCACUAAUCAUAGAAACCAUGUACUCACAUUAGGGAACACUAUAAUAGUAAAAAACAGCACUAGCAGUAUACCUAAAUGAGCAUUCACGUACAAAGCCAGGGCAUGCAGUCCCAUAAUGACCUCAUUCUUUUAAAACUGUUUAAUAAUUCUACUAUUUUAACAAUGAGCUGGUCAUUCUGGCUUUUCAGUGUUGUAGUGUGCUUUUACUUUGCUAGAAAAUAUGUCACGCAACAAGCAUCACUAUUAGAAUGUUAAGCGCACUCAUACUUUAUUGUAAACGUGCAUGAGCAUCAUUGCAAAAUUGUUUUUAAUGUAUUUAUUUGUACAAUCAGCUGAAGUAUCUGUAUUUUUUUUAACCGCUUCUGAUGAAAAUACAUCAUAA